GUAAGUCGCACAUCAAUCCACCACCAAUACCUCACCGCCUCAUUCCACCGCCAAAAUGGGUCGCGUCAAGAAGUCCACCCGCAAGUUCGAGAGCAAGCACCUCACACGCACUCUCGACGACCGCAAAUCGAAGAAGAAGGUGAAGCAAGCGUUCAUCCUGCGCGAAAAGAAGAAGGCGAAGCGCUCCGCGAAAGAGGACGACGAGGAUGAGGAUGGAGAGGAGGGUGAUGAGCCGAAGGCGAAGAAACAGAAGCCCGAUGGUCCACAGAUCUUCGAGGAUAUGAGUGUGGAGCAGUUUUUUGCGGGAGGCUUUGAGGUCCCCGAGCCUGCUGCGCUAGCAACGAAAGGUGGAAAGAGGAAGCGCGAGGAGACCAAGAAGAAGCCCGCGGUGCAAGAGGAUGCGGAUGUGGAGGGUGCUGCUGCCGACGGGGAGGAUGAGGAGGAGGACGGCGACGAACUCGAGCAACACAAGGGCGACCUGAGUGCGUUGGCCGAGAACGAUCCCGAAUUUUACAAGUACUUGAAGGAGAACGAUCCGGAAUUGCUCGACUUUUCGAUGGCGGAGAAGGAUGAUCUGUCGGAGAUUGACUCACUAUCGGACGACGAGGAGGACGAGACUGUCGGCAAGAAGAAAAAGAAGGCCAAAAAGGCGAAGAAGGAGGACGAGAGUGACGAGGUUACGAUGGCGCAUGUCAAGAAGUGGAAGGAGGCGCUGGUGGACAAGAAGAGUCUGCGGAGUCUGCGGCAGGUGGUUCUGGCGUUUAGAGCUGCUGCUCAUGUCAACGAUUCUGAGGUCAAUAAUGCGGAGGGCGGGUUCAAAUACACCAUCACGAACCCCGACGUAUAUCACGAACUGCUAAUAUUAGCGUUGAGCGACGUCCCGGCGGUGCUGCAGCACCAUAUCCCAAUCAAAGAGUCGGCUUCGGGCAAGAUCCGCGUGGCUACGGACACGAAGAAAUACCGCACUCUCACGCCGCUCCUCAAAUCGCACUCGCAGUCGCUGAUGCACCUUCUCCCGCUCCUCACCGACGCUGGUACCCAGAAGCUUCUCCUCAAUUCCACCCUCGAGCUCGUGCCAUACUUCCUUUCGUUCCGCAAGUUCCUCAAGACCUUCCUCAAGACUAUCAUCGAGGUGUGGUCCACCAACAGCGUCGAUGAAGCCACUCGGAUCACCGCAUUCCUGGUGGUACGAAAAGCCGCCGUUAUCGGCGACGAGGGCAUCAAGGAGACAUGCAUCAAAGCUCUAUAUGCCGGUCUCGUCAAGGCCAGCCGGCAAACAUCAGUGCAUACCAUCCACGGUAUCAACCUGAUGAAGAACUCGGCGGCCGAAAUCGUGGGCCUGCAGGGAAUGGACAAGGUUGGCUACCAGGCUGGAUUCGCAUCCAUCCGUCAGCUCGCGGUCCACCUGAGGAACAGUAUCACCAACAACUCCAAGGAAUCGUACAAGACUGUCUACAACUGGCAGUACGUGCACUCGCUCGACUUCUGGUCGCGCGUGUUGGCUAUGCACUGUGAUGGGUUGAAGGAGGCACAGGCUGGCAAGGAGUCACCUCUGCGACCACUCAUUUACCCCCUCGUCCAAGUCACUCUUGGAGCUAUCAGACUGAUCCCCACGGCCUCCUACUUUCCCCUGCGUUUCUUCCUGAUCCGUUCUCUCCUCCGCCUCUCCCUCUCGACCGGGGCGUACAUCCCUCUUGCGCCCCUAAUUUUCGAGGUCCUCUCCUCCGGCGAAAUCAAAAAGAAGCCCAAGCCUUCUACGCUCAAGCCCGUCGACUUCUCUGUCACCAUCCGCGUGCCCAAAUCGUACCUACGCACACGGAUCUACCAAGACGGGAUCGCGGAGCAGAUCGUCGAGUUGUUCGCCGAGUUCUACGUGCUGUACAGCAAAAGCAUUGCGUUCCCCGAGCUCUCGAUCCCCACGAUCGUGCUCGUCAAGCGCUUCGUCAAGAAGUCGCGCAACGCAAAGUUCAACUCCGCGCUGCACCUGCUGAUCACAAAGCUCGAGGCGAACGCGAAGUUUAUCCAGGAGAAGCGCCAGGCCGUCGAUUUUGCGCCCGGACGCAGGGCCGGCGUUGACGCUUUCUUGAAGGAGACCGAGUGGGAAAAUACCCCGCUGGGCGCCUAUGUCGUCUCGCAGAGGAAGGUGCGGGAGGAGAGGAGGCGCCUGCUAGAGGAGGCCCUGAAGGAGGAGCAGGAGAAACGCCAGAAGGAUAAGCUGGCGCAGCAGGAAGUGGAUGAGGAUAGUGAUGAUGUGUUUAUGAGUGAUGAUGGUGAGGAGAGUGGGGACGACGAUGAUGAAAUAGACGGCAUGAGUGAGGACGAUGAAUAGACGUGUUCGGGAUGGCUUAAUAUCAAUCAUGUCUUGUUCCUGUUCUUGGUGUAUCAUAGUUAUAAAAGCAGGUUUUGGUUUUGGGAUC